AUGAGCAUCCACAACAUCGUUUCGAUCUCUUUCUGCAUUUGCGCCCUGGUCCUCCUGCUGAAUGGUGCCCGAGCCCAGAACGGCGUUGUGACGGAUGUGGUGGAUGCCAACCGCGGGCGAACGGCGAUUUUCGCCCUCUACGCCGGCGACACGGUGGUAAAGAAUGAUGGACAGUACGCCCUCUGCUCUGCCAACGGAGUCGUGUGGCACGAUUUGGAAGGCGACGGCAUGAUCAACGAGGACCUCAACUCCCAUGGUCUGGGCGGCAUCAACGUGCAGCUCUACUGGGUGAACGGCACCGUUGCCGACGUCACCACCACGAAGAAGGACGGCAGCUACACCUUCAAGGUUGAGCCAGGCUCGUACUACGUCAAGGCGGCCUGCCCUAAGGACUACAGACACAGCAAGCUCUACGCCACGUCGGCCACGAAGGUCCACCCUGUCACGCAAGUCUCUGAGUCCUUCGACGUGUCCAUCGACCGUGCUACCACCGGCAUCAACGCUGGCUGCUACAAGCCAGCUCUCGUCGAGGGAGUCGUCUUCAGCGACAAGAACACCAACUCGGUUCAAGACACCAGCGAGGGUGGUGUGGCGGAUGUAGCGGUGGAACUGACCAAGAGCACGGACACCACGUUCCGCCUCAAGAUCAGGACCGAUGCCGAUGGCAAGUUCCGAUUCCCCGAUCUCGAGCCGUCUGACUACGCGCUCUACAUCAUCUACGACGCCAAGUACUACAACAGCCCCAUCUCUGCCAUGAAGGAGUCCACCUCCGAGGAGGGAGGCAAGAUCAAGCACCGCUCGGUGACCUUGCGCGUCGCGGACCAGCCCUCGACCAAGGAUGGCAGGAAACAGCUGGUCGUCUCACCUCUGCAGCUCUCGUCGGGCGAUCGCGCGACGAUCAAGCAGGGCCUCUACACGCUGGCCAAGGUCGAGGGCGUCGUCUUCCGGGACGAGAACGCCAACGGCAUCUGGGACGGACGCGAAAAGACGCUGGCCUCCGUCAAGGUGACUCUGUACCGAGUCGGCGAGUCAGGUGAUGUUGCCGUCAGCCAGAUGAAGUCGGAUGAGGUCGGUCGUUACAGCUUCACCGAGUUGCAGCCGGGCCAGUACUACGUCGUGUUCGACACGUCGUCGCCCGAGUACAAGCACAGCUCGAAGAAGUAA